CUCGCGCCGACACCGACGCCUCAUUAAAAAAAAAAACCGCUGUCGGACUGCCAUGGCAGUCGCACAACGUCCAAUGUGAUGUAUUCGUUGCAACACUCUGUAAACCUUUCGAGACGGGCCUGCAGGUACUUCAUCCCGGUACUCCUGCUAGGAGUUUACGUCGCCGGUCAUGCGGUACCACCGGAUUACGCUUCUGGAUCGGUUGCACGGCCGCCGCAAGGCGGGUUCGAUACUCGCGCCUACGAUCGGGCCUACGACAUUAACAGUUUGGCGAAAGGCAAUUUGAUACCGACCACUUCUACUGAUUCAGUGAACGAUGGGGUACCUUCGAGCGUUCCUACUAGUACUGACGAGGGAGAUGAUGGGGGUAGUACUGGCCAUGAAGCACCCAAGAAAAAGAAGCCGGUGGAGAGGUACCCGGUGAUUUCGGUGUCGUUUCAUCGGGUCGAGACACCGUUUAUUAUUGCUUUGUGGAUAUUUUGUGCCAGUUUAGCUAAAAUUGGUUUCCACAUGGCACCGAAACUGAGCGCAAUGUUUCCGGAAUCCUGUCUACUGAUUUUCGUUGGUGUGGUCAUCGGAGUGGUCCUAGUCCACCUAACAGAUUCAGUACACAUGUCUCCAUUGACACCGGACACAUUUUUCAUUUAUAUGUUGCCCCCGAUAAUACUGGACGCCGGAUACUUCAUGCCCAACAGAUUGUUCUUCGACCAUUUAGGCACCAUUUUGCUGUUUGCCGUCAUAGGAACCAUUUCGAAUACUUUACUUAUAGGUGCUUCCUUAUGGGCAGUAGGACUAACAGGCUUGUACUCCUGCAAUACUCCAAUACUAGACAUGUUCCUGUUCGGGUCUCUGAUCUCCGCAGUGGACCCGGUAGCUGUGCUAGCCGUUUUCGAAGAGAUCCAAGUUAACGAAAUCCUCUACAUUGUCGUAUUUGGGGAGUCGUUGCUUAACGACGCUGUAACGGUGGUACUCUACCAUUUGUUCGAAGCCUACACGGAGAUGGGCCUCACAAAUAUCAUGCCCACGGACCUUUUGUCGGGUUUUUUGAAUUUUUUAGUCGUAGCCGUAGGUGGCACUGUGAUAGGUGUGAUAUGGGGCUUCGCCACUGCCCUUGUGACUAGAUUUACGAAUGAAGUGCGCGUGAUUGAACCUAUUUUUAUAUUUGUGAUGGCCUAUUUGGCUUACCUUAAUGCCGAAGUGAUAACGUUUUGCGGCAUAACGAUGAAAAACUACGUGGAAGCCAACGUUUCGGUCAAGUCGCACACGACCAUCAAGUACGCGAUGAAAAUGUUGAGCAGCUCGUCGGAAACGAUCAUCUUUAUGUUUUUGGGCGUGGCCACUGUGAACAAGAGUCACGACUGGAACACUUGGUUUAUCAUAUUAACGAUACUGUUUUGUUCGGUUUACAGGGUGAUUGGGGUUAUCGUUUUAACGGCGAUCGCAAAUCGUUUCCGCCUGCAUCAGCUCAGCAAAGUUGAAAAAUUCGUAAUGUCUUAUGGUGGAUUAAGAGGUGCUGUAGCUUUUGCACUGGUUCUUCUCAUUGAUCCGAAAAUCGUACCGCUACAGCCCAUGUUCAUGACUACCACUAUAGCUGUUGUUUAUUUUACUGUGUUCUUCCAGGGAAUAACGAUAAAACCCCUAGUUAAAAUUUUGAACGUGAAAACAGCCGAAAAAAGAAAACCAACAAUGAACGAGAGGAUACACGAAAGACUGAUGGACCACGCCAUGGCCGCAAUAGAAGACAUAGUGGAUCAACACGGUAAUUAUCACAUACGAGAUAGAUUUAAACGUUUCGACAACAAAUUCAUCAGGCCCUAUUUGCUGCGCAACACCCAAGGAGCCGAACCCAAAAUCCUGGAAACUUAUUCGAAACUGGCAAUGAAAGACGCCAUGGAGUAUAUGCGCAGGAACGCAUCUACCAUUGGUAACAUUUCCAAUACGGAAAGUAUGUCGGCAAUAUUUAGGAAUUACACGUCAACUGGUAACCUCAAUGGAAGGUGCGCCUCUAAAUUAAUCAACUGCUCUAGCCUGAGCCAAAUCGACUCUAGCACUUGGAAUAUAGACAUGCAAGAACUAGAGUACAAUCCAUCCAAAAAAGAUUUAACAGACGCUAAAAUUCAUCAUUUAUUGGCCGAGGAAUUGGUGAAACCGUACCGAAGGCAUCGUCGUCUGAGUUACAGCAGACACGCUGUCAACGACAGAGACCUUUCGACACAAGUCAAUUACAAAAUGCACGUCAACAUGAGACGAUUAGUGGCCGACAAAAAGCACCAUCACAGUCACAAAAGGCACAGCAAAAAGCUUAACAAGAAUCAGAAGAGUUCACUUCAAAUCCCAGGCAGAUCAUCGUCGAGACGGCGCAGUUCAGGGGCUGGCGCCCUUUACAAGAGUGGCAAAGACAACCACGUCAGUUUUCCAGAAUUUCAGCAAAAUGGAACUGCUAAGCAAUUUUCACAUGAUUAUAUCAGUGAAGUUUUAAACGAAGACGCAGAUACAUCAGAGCCUAAAUCUAACAGAGAAGAGUGGGACAGCCCAAUUACAUUUACAGCAAAAUCUUCACCUAGCACAGGAACUGACGAUAACAACAGUUUCGCUAGUCAGACCGUUCCUUUAAUGAAACCAAAAAAACCUACGGCUAUGGAGAGCAGUCUCCCCUGGAGAAGGGGACGAAACGUUACAGAUGACAGUAUUUUCUCUGAUACUGGAAAACGAUUGUCCAGAGGCUCCAUUGAUGGUGGUGAUUUGAUGCGCGUUUCGACGCCUACGGCAACGGAAAUGAUGCUACCGUGGAAAAGGGAAGAGGAAGACGAUUGCGGACCAUUUCCUCAAGCCGAAUUUCCGUCUUGGGCCUCGAAUAAGGAGUAUUUGGCCUACAAUUCACCGUCUGCUACCUUUUUAGGUGGUUUAGAAAACCCAAACAAAAACUCAAUAUUCGGCCUAUUCCGUCGCGAAAGCCUCGGCUCAGAGCCGACCAACAGCAACGAGUCCACUCCGCUCAAAGAACGCAGAGGCUCCAACAGUCGCACCUCAAUAGUCCUCGUCGAAGAAAGUGACUCCGAUCCUUUGGGCGUCAUUCAGAAAGAGCCUCAUCAGCUUCAGAAGCAAAACUCUUGCGGAGCCGCUCCGCAAAUUCCGCCGCCGCCGCAACCGACCACGCCCGGACAACGGAGACAAGUCCGGCGAGGCUCCAUGCUCGAACUAAGCGGAUCGCUAACCAGAGACUCAAUCCCUGAAGAACACCUGACUUCGUCGCUGAAACGUCCGACGUGGCUGUUGCAACAGCAAAACAGCCAAGCCAGAAGAGCCAGUUUUACAAGACAAGGCACUCUGGGCACAGCUUUAAUGGGCACCGUUUCUAGUCCUUCAUCGGACACUUCGUCUGACGAAGACGCCGAUUUGUUGGCGAAGCAGUUGGGUUUCUGAUCGAAAAGUACACCCCUCAGGAAGGGGCCCAUAUCGAAAUCUCUCAGUCCGAUUUUGAGUAAUAUUCAUUUGAGGUAUCAGGUUCUAAGUAAGAAGUUUAGUAACGAGUUGGUUUGAAUUUUUAUGUUAUCAUUUUGAGGCUUUGACAAAUGUCCUCGAUGUUAGCAAUAAAGCUAGGAAGCACGCCAUCUUCACCAAAGUAGUAUGAUCUGCCUGCUUGCCAUUCUACCUAUAAGAAAACUACGAAAGGAAUCUCAGAAGUCGGAAACUUGAAACCUUCUAGAAGAAAGAAAUAACUCAUGAUUUGUAGAUCUUGAAAAUCCAAUAGGAUUUGAAGAGAAGAAUCAGGAAAGAGUUAAGGAUUCUGGAUUCAGAUUCCUAAGAUCCCAACCUUCUUCUGAGAACAAUGCCAAGCAAUUGGCAUAAUAUUAACUCUGACUCAGAACUCAAAUAUUCUAUAGAACAAUAUAGGAGGGAAAUUUGCACGGUCUUUCUUUGAUAAUUACAUACACUUUCUCAGAUUUUUCCCAGGACUUUUUCAAUACUUCCUCUCGUUCUUUCCAUUCGAGCCUCCUUGGAUCUUUGAAACCUUCUAGAACAAAUUUCAAAUCAAUGACUAUCGAUCUGUAGAUCUUGAGGAUCCAAAAGGAUUUGAUGAAAAGAACCAGGAAAAAAAUGCCAAGCAAUUUGCAAAAUAAUAACUCUGAGACUCAGAACUCAAAUAUUCUAUAGAACAAUAUAGGAAGGAAAUUUGCACGGUCUUUCUUUGAUAAUUACAUACACUUUCUCAGAUUUUUCCCAGGACUUUUUCAAUACUUCCUCUCGUUCUUUCCAUUCGAGCCUUCUUGGAUCUUUGAAACCUUCUAGAACAAAUUUCAAAUCAAU